GCUCGAUUUCCGCCAGCACUUACAGCCAAGCUUACAGAACCUUAGUGAUGAUCAACUCACUUUUUGUAGUCAAUGGUCAAGGAAAGAUCAUUAUAGAAAAGCACUGGCGAAGCAUCAUUUCGAGGCAAAUUGUUGAUGUCUUUAGCGAUGAGAGUGCGAAGUUCCUUGCUUCCGGACCCAUCAAUCACACUGCUUCCAACUCGGAUAAAAACGCCAAAGAAGUCUCAUUUACCAAAGAAGAUGUUCCUCCUAUUCUCGAGACAUCAAAAUAUCUGUUGUUGCACGUACUAAGGGACGGCUUGGUAUGGCUUUGUCCGGUUGAUAAAGAAGUUGAUCCUUUGCUUGUAUUUGAGAUGAUACAUCGCAUAAUUGAUAUACUUGUUGAUUACCUUGGAGAUGUUUCGGAAGUGUCCAUUCGCGACAACUUCGUCAUCGUAUAUCAACUUUUGGAAGAAAUGAUGGACUAUGGAUACCCACUUACAACCGAACCUAAUGCUCUUAAGCAAAUCAUUCUCCCUCCAACUAUCAUGAAUAAGGUGAUGAACACUGUUGUGGCUGCUUCAGGGGUCGGGCAAAAGCUUCCGCAAUCUACCAUGUCUAGUAUACCUUGGAGAAAAGCUGGUGUCAAGUAUGCCCAAAAUGAAAUCUAUUUUGAUAUUAUUGAAGAAAUCGAUGCCACUAUUGAGGCUAACGGUGCCAUUGUAUCAUGUGAAGCUCAUGGUACUGUCAAUGUGAACUGCCGACUGUCCGGUAUGCCGGACUUGGCUCUCAACUUCAUAAAUCACAGAAUUCUAGACGAUGUCUCAUUUCAUCCGUGUGUGAGAUAUCAAAAGUGGGAGAGUGAUAAAGUUCUCUCGUUCGUUCCUCCAGAUGGCCAUUUUAGUCUCAUGAGUUACAGGGUGAACUUACCACCACAACAACUUUUACCGCUUCACGUCAAACCUCAGUUCUACAAUACAGCGACCGGCGGUAAAUUCGACAUUUCCAUCAAUCCACGAUCUACGGACGGAAAGCCGAUCGAAAAAGUGGUAGUGACCAUCCCUAUGAGUAAAAACACAACCACUGUGAACGCAACAUGUAACGUUGGACAGUACAUGUAUGAUCCAGUGACCAAGUCUAUUAAAUGGGAGAUUUCCAAGAUUCAAGUUCGUGAUCGAACACCAAUGCUAUCGGGAACCUACAGCAACGGCUCUGCAACUCAUGAAACGGGUACCACCAUCAUGUUGCAGUUCCAAAUUAGCAUGUAUGCUGUAUCUGGCCUGAAGGUGGAUACGUUGCGACUAUUCAGAGAAGGAUACAAGCCAUACAAAGGUGUUAGAAGUGUGACAAAAGCUGGCAAGUUCCAGAUCAGAGCGUAGUUGCAUAGAAAGCAGGUGUUCUUGUACAGUGUAGGCUUU